CGAGACCCGAAGAAGAGGCGAGGGAGAUCGCCCGCUCGCUGCACAACGCCCACGCCGCCGUCUCCCCUCUCCCUCUCCGCCUCCCUCCGUCCAACCGCACCUCGCACCCCCGCCGCCGGCGGCACCUCAUGGCGUCGCUCUCCCUCUCCCUCCGCGCCUCCGCAUCCGCCUCCUCGGCCGGAUCCCGCGCAGCCGCCGCAAUCAAGGCAUCGUGCGUGAGGAGCAAGGUUACCUGCAGCUUCCCUUCCGUCGGAGCCACCUCCUCACCUGCUAGAAGCAUUGAACCCGUAAGAGCAACCGCCACACAGGCGCCCCCUGCCACCCCUUCAUCUUCUAGCGGGGAGAAGACAAAGGUCGGCAUCAAUGGUUUUGGGAGGAUUGGGAGGUUAGUUCUGCGUAUUGCAAUCGAUAGAGAUGAUAUUGAAGUUGUGGCCGUCAAUGAUCCGUUUAUCGAUGCUAAAUACAUGGCCUAUAUGUUUAAGUACGAUUCCACACACGGUCCUUUUAAAGGAACCAUAACAGUUCUGGAUGAGUCGACCUUGGAGAUUAAUGGGAAGAAAGUCUCAGUUACAAGCAAAAGGGACCCCUCAGAUAUUCCUUGGGGCAACUUUGGAGCUGAAUACGUUGUUGAAUCAUCUGGUGUUUUUACAACAGUUGAGAAAGCUUCAGCACAUUUGAAGGGGGGUGCAAAGAAAGUGGUCAUAUCUGCUCCAUCAGCCGAUGCUCCCAUGUUUGUGGUUGGUGUAAAUGAGAAGAAUUACGACCCUAGCAUGGAUGUCGUCUCUAAUGCAAGUUGCACCACCAACUGUCUUGCUCCUGUUGCCAAGGUUGUCCACGAGGAGUUUGGCAUUCUUGAAGGCCUAAUGACAACUGUCCAUGCCACAACAGCCACACAAAAGACUGUUGAUGGUCCUUCGAUGAAGGACUGGAGGGGAGGACGCGGGGCUGGUCAAAACAUCAUCCCUAGCUCUACGGGUGCAGCAAAGGCUGUUGGAAAGGUCCUUCCAGCUUUAAAUGGAAAGCUCACUGGCAUGGCCUUCCGGGUUCCUACACCUAACGUAUCCGUUGUUGAUCUGACCUGCCGGCUUGAGAAAAACGCAUCGUAUGAAGAUGUGAAAGCAGCUAUCAAGGAAGCAUCAGAAGGUCCGCUUAAGGGUAUUUUAGGCUACACAGACGAGGAUGUUGUUUCAAACGAUUUUGUUGGUGACACAAGGUCAAGCAUCUUUGAUGCCAAUGCUGGUAUGGGUCUAAGUUCAUCUUUCAUGAAGCUCGUCUCCUGGUAUGACAACGAGUGGGGCUACAGCAACCGUGUCCUGGAUCUGAUCGGGCACAUGGCUCUUGUCAACGCUUGAUGAUGAUGCCUCGAUUACUAUUUAGUGCAGAAGGUCUCCUCGCGUAGUGUAGGAAAAUUAAGGCUGCAAUUUUGAUGGCCAUUCUCGUAUCCUGGAAUAAUAUUUCUGUGCGAUGAAAACAAUCAAAUCAAUCGGCGUCGACUUGAAGCUGUAGAACGCUCAUGCUGGUCUGUAAAACCCCAUAACUGAAUCGCUGUGGGUGGGCAAGAAACCCAAUCUCCGACUCGUCGAGUCAUAGCGUUGUUACUUUGACCUUGUGGUGGUAUCCGUGUUUUGUUUCCACCUUCAGGGAGGAUAGGAAAUGAUGAUGAUGAUGAUGACUCUUUUGUUUGUGGUCUAAA